AUGGAAGCGCCGUCAACCGCUCAAGUACAACAAGUUCGUGAGGUCACACGUAUCGAACGAAUUGGUGCGCACUCUCAUAUUCGUGGACUGGGUCUAAAUGACAGUCUCGAAGCACGGAAUGUUAGUCAGGGUAUGGUCGGUCAAAUGAAAGCUCGCCGAGCAGCUGGAUUGAUUCUCGAAAUGAUCAAAGAAGGCAAAAUUGCUGGACGAGCUUUACUCAUCGCUGGACAACCUGGCACGGGGAAAACUGCCAUUGCAAUGGGUAUUGCACAAGCGUUAGGAUCUGAUACGCCAUUUACUGCAAUGUCUGGCAGUGAGAUUUUCUCGAGAGAAAUGAGCAAAACCGAAGCAUUAACUCAAGCAUUCCGUCGAUCUAUCGGUGUUCGAAUAAAAGAAGAGGCAGAAUUUAUAGAAGGUGAAGUUGUCGAAAUUCAAAUUGAUCGACCUGCAACAGGAACAGGUGCAAAAAUCGGUAAAAUGACAUUGAAAACCACUGAAAUGGAGACUGUUUACGAUCUUGGUCAGAAGAUGAUCGAAGCACUCACAAAAGAAAAAGUUCAAGCUGGUGAUGUUAUUGCUAUCGAUAAAGCUAGUGGAAAAAUCUCUCGAUUAGGACGAUCCUUUACACGAGCGAAAGAUUAUGAUGCUAUGGGCCCACAAACGAAAUUUGUUCAAUGUCCUGAAGGUGAAUUACAAAAGCGUAAAGAAGUUGUACACACAGUGACAUUACAUGAAAUCGAUGUCAUCAACAGUCGUUCACAAGGUUUUCUCGCAUUGUUUUCUGGUGAUACAGGUGAAAUCAAAUCCGAAGUUCGUGAACAAAUCAAUGAUAAAGUUGCUGAAUGGCGUGAAGAAGGAAAAUCAGAAAUUGUACCAGGCGUCUUAUUCAUCGAUGAAGUUCAUAUGUUGGACAUUGAAUGCUUCUCGUUCUUAAAUCGAGCAUUAGAAAGUGAUAUGGCACCGAUUUUAAUCAUGGCUACAAAUCGAGGAAUAACCAAAAUUCGUGGAACAAACCAACAAAGUCCACAUGGUAUUCCAAUCGAUCUACUUGAUCGUUUAUUGAUCAUAACAACGAAACCGUACGAAAUAGACGAAAUCAAACAAAUUCUGAAGAUAAGAUGUGAAGAAGAAGAUGUAGAAAUUUCCGAUGACGCAUUGAAUGUUUUAACGAAAAUUGGCAAAGAAACGUCUCUACGUUAUUCCAUUCAAUUAAUCACACUUUCUAGUAUAAUCAGUCGCAAUCGAAAAGCUCGUGAAGUCACUGUUGAGGACGUCAAACGUGUCUAUGAAGUAUUUCUCGACGAAGCUCGUUCAAGUGACAAUCUCCGUGAAUACGAACAGUAUUUUAUGUUCAAUGAUCUUAAUUCUGAUACACAAGGCACCGAAACAUCGAUGGAAACUUAA